AUGAAUAUCAGCUGGGAGACAAAGUACAAGACCGCCAAUCUCUAUCUAGUUCAGGGCGCCAACUACAACGAUCCAGUUGCUCUUACAUUGAACACAGCAGCUACCUGGCACGAAUGGAGAGUUGGGUACCCGACUCGAGAUGAUACCAAGCCGUUCGUACUCCGACUAGUCAACGCACAGGGUUCGAGCGACGACAUGGCAGUUGGGGGGAUCUGGAGCGCCAGAUUCUGGAUCGGUUGGGAUCAGGAUGCUUCUUCGAGCUCUACCCUUACUCCUACGCCAACGCCCACGGGGGUUGCGACCGUGACGGAUGGAUUACAUGGUGAUGCCACCACCUCUGCCUCGCCGACGAGUUCCUCGGAAGCAAAGAAUGAAAGUUCAUCUCAUGGUAAAAACCUCGGGAUAGGCAUUGGUGUUGGCUUAGGUGUGCCUCUCUGUGGUGCUGUUAUUGUGGCGGUGCUCUUCUUGUGGAAAAGAAGAAAUCAGCACAAGUCCGUCGUUCAUGACGGGCCCUUUGCACGACCUGCUCCUGAUAAGAGUUGUACCAAUCUAGCUGUCCCGGAGGAUAUGUUUCUCGAGGGUAAGCGUGCGUAUGAAUUGUCUGGCGAAAGUAGCAGAAAGGAAGCAGACAGUAGUCAUGUUCGAUAUGAGCUAGCUUGA